GGUGCUGAGCAAUGGGUUCCAUGGGUGCUGGGUGCUGAGAACUGGGUGCUGGGCACUGGGUUCCAUGAGUGCUGAGCACUGGGUUUCAAUGGGUGCUGAGCACUGGUUGGUGGGUGCUGUGCAAUGGGUGCUAAGCAAUGUGUUCCGUGGGUGCUGGGUGCUGAGCACUGGGUUCAAUGGAUGCUGAGCACUGGGUGCUGGGUGCUGAGCAAUGGGUUCAAUGGGUGCUGAGCAAUGGGUUUCAAUGGGUGGUGAGCAAUGGGUUCCAUGGGUGCUGGGCGCUGAGCACUGGGUUCCAUGGGUGCUGCGUUCCCUCCACAGGAUGACAGAGAAGGACGUUCCGGAGCCGCCCGCUGCGGGGGGGGCCGCCAAGAGCCGGCUGCAGAGGCUGAAGGCGCUCUUCCAUCGCAAACCCAAAGCCGAGCCGCCCCCGGAGGUGCAGCCCAACGGGGAGCUGCUGAGCCCGGCGGGGGGGCCCAUUUAUUACAUCUACGAGGAAGAGGAAGAGGAGGAAGAGGAGGAAGAGCCCGAGCCCCCCCCCGAACCCCCCAAACCCGUCAACGACAAACCCCACAAAUUCAAGGAUCAUUACUUUAAAAAACCCAAAUUCUGCGAUGUUUGCGCCCGGAUGAUCGUCUUGAACAACAAAUUCGGGCUGAGGUGCAAAAACUGCAAAACCAACAUCCACCACCACUGCCAGAGCUACGUGCAGCUGCAGCGCUGCUUCGGCAAGAUCGUGCGUGCCGCCGCGGGGGG